CAAUCCUGUCGAACACCGAUAAGGCAUUGCCAAUGAUGACGUUGUCGAUAAACACGUGAAGAACUGAAGCUUUUGCUCGAUUUUCCAGUUCCAGACAUUCCAUAUUAUCCCAAUUGUUUUUGCAAGGACUGCCUCGUAGGCAUUCCAGCCCCUCUGAGCCUAUUCUCCGAGUGCGGGCGCGCAAUUCCCCUCUCCCACAUCACCCUCAUUCCUGAUCUGUCACAGACGGUUGAUGGAAAUCGAACUAGGGGGACGGAACAGCCCGUAUCAUGCAUUGAACUCCGCAUAUCAUUACCAGGAGGAAAUUCCCCAAACCAUCGUAGUGCCCUCCUGUUAUGUGCUCAUCACCCUUGCGCUAACCGGCUUCCUCUCCGGCGCAAACUUGGCGUUGCCCCAUGGUAUACUAAUAUCCAAGCCGCGCAAUACCUGCUCCAGAGAUUGUGCAUUUCAAAAUGAUCCGCCGAGGCGCCUGCGCGAUGUCGUAAUUGUGCAUAACGUGCGAGGUUCGCCCGCGAGCCACAGAUGGUCCCAACGUACGUGGCCCAAAGGAUUAUCUCACUGCGGACGGGCGCUCAGGCAUUUUGGAGGUGAUAAACCCCUCAUUUCGCUGCAUGAUUUGCCAAUUAGCCUCAGGGGAUCGAGCAAACAGCAUCCGUGCCUUUUUCUUAUUUGGAUUGUGCCUUCUGAUCCGCAUCAGGGAAGCGUUGGCAAAAGGGCCUCUGACAUCAUUGUCGAUGCUCUCCCCAGUUUCCCCUCAAAUCAGUGUCGAAGUGAGACUUGGGCCCUUGUACAAAACCUUCUGGACUUCCGUAGGAUUCGAGGGGAGACACGAUUCAAGAUAGACGAAAAUGGGUCCCUAUAAACUCUGGCGUGAGCCCGGCUGAAUCAUUGCCCUUAUUAAUGCUGGUGGUGGUUGUCGCUUCCCCUCGGAGGCGACGUCAUUGGGAGGGAUGACUGACGACAGAUGGAGUAGCACUCCGGCUGCUCUGGCAACGGCCGCAUUCAGUCUUACCAAGCCAUCGAAUUCCCAUCAUCGUUACAUCUGCGGCCUUCGCUUCUGACACUGUGGUUAAUAUCAAGCGUCUCUGCCCCGCCACCC